CAUAAAAAUUCACCGACCAAAAAUUGUCCUAGUUUGGGAUGUUUCCUCCAGGUAACGAUCAUUUAUCAUGCGGUCAUUGUGAAAUUUCCCUGGGUUGCCCUGAACAACGGGUUCAAUACUGUUGAAACAAACAUGUUCGAACCUUGAACAAAACCGAAUUUGUCAACCCCUGAAUGGUGACUUGUUGAGGCCACAGACCGCCAUGCAGAUUGUCGCUCCAUCCAGAUUUCUUGAUGGCGUCGUUUUUGCGGUGUUUCUCCUCUUCGUCUCGGGAACUGGCCUCUACAUUUUUGGUGAGUUCCACAAGAUGUGCGUCAUCACAGAGGCGAAGAAACUGGGUGUUUUCGCAGACAUCAUGGACAAGGAGUCUGAUCCCCUGGUGGUCAUUGGUAGGACCCAUGUCACCAACUCAGUCCUUCACUGCACUGCAACGUCUCCUGAAACAUUGAAAGAGGUGGGACGAAACGAAGAUACGCAGAUGUUCCUUGCAAGAAGUGCUGAUGAACAAACGUCAGUGCGAGUUGCAAAAAGUGACCGAAAUGCCACGGCCGUCUGUGCGGCGUGUGCGCAUUAUCGUUGGCUUGAGGAAGAUGCCAAAGUUGCGACUCAUGGCCAAGCCGCACUGACCGCGCCGCGUCGCACUGCCGCACUUCGAAUGCAGGCAACAGCCUUGUCGGAUGCACCACCUUAUGCACUUCGGAGAGGCAACUUCUUGCAUUCGGAGAAACCCUUAGAGGUUGAAGUUGCUGGCCAUGGCAGGAUCAAAGGUCAGCACAGGGCCUCCUUCGACACCCAGGACAUAGAGGAUGCAGUGGAGAAAUCAGAGGAGGCUGAAGCUGUCACUUCGCUUGCAAGCGCUGAACUAAGAAAGGUCUUGGAGGAAUCCAAUGAGGCCUCGGAAGAUGCCUUGGCUGCGGCGCAGGUGGCUGUGAUCACAGAAGCCGUAGCAUUUGUUGGUUGCUUGGCUGGUCUGGUCUCCAGCUGGAUCGGCUGGAAGAUGCACACCGCACAACUGCCGCAGGAAUCCAAGAUUCCCAGUGACUCAGGGGUUCCACACGAACUGCUCACACCUCCCCCUGAUCGCAUCGAUACCACCAUGCGGCCGUCCUUGAAGAGUGCCGGGAAGGCACCGCCCCAGCCCAAAGCGACGGUGCCCAGUCGAGCAGGACCUAGCCAGUCAGGACCCAGCCAGUCGGCCAGUUCCGUCAGUGAGGCCUCACAGCCUGCGGCUGCAACGGCGGCUGCGCCGUCGGCUGUGCCUUCGUCCGCCCCCCAGCCGUCAUCGUCUGCACAGCCUUCAGCUGCCGCACAGCCUGAAGCUGCGACGGCUGUGCCGCCGGCAGAAUCUGAGACUCACCAGACUGAUGCGGAGCCUGAGGGCUUGGACUUGACCCACAACGGAGCACCCACCGAGUCCUUCUGA